AUUUUGCAGAGUAUUGUUUCGGUUUGUUGGUUUGUGUUGUUCAUUUAUGUUUUGCAUGGUAUUUGCACUCAAGGUAAGUACCUAGAGGUAAUAAUAAUUAUUUUGUAAAUAAUGGACUAGCUAAUGUUUGUUUUGAGUGUUUAUUAGGUAUUGUUUGGCAUGGUAGCUUUAUAUCUGAGAUAAGGUAAGUAAAAUUGAAUAAAUAUGAAGGCAUUUUUCUUGGAAAGUAACUAAAGUGGUGAUAUUUAAACUAUAAUAUCACUCGUUGUUUUUUGUACAAAAAUGAAUCCAGGAAAGUCGUCUACAUUCAUCACGAACGACCCGAAAACCUGCCCGCCUUUCCAAGGUUGAUGACGAUGCCGCAGCCAUCCUACCAUGGGCGAUGACGUAAUCCACCGGAUGUGCUGGCGAACCGUUCUCCUGAUGCUCGCCACAACCUUGGUCGGAUUCAAAAGCGAUGGUGCUUCCCUCUGUCCCGCAGGCUGCCGUUGCGAGAAUGAUGUGCUGAAGACGUCUUGUGCUUCAGCAUCUUUGCAGGUGGUCCCUAUUCAACUCAACCCUGAGCUACGCGUUUUGGACCUCUCCAGUAACAAGAUCCUACACAUUCACUUUUCUUUCGAAUUUUACGAAAACCUAGUGUCGCUGAACCUGUCGGACAACAGAAUAAAAACGUUAGGAAAUUCUAAUUUCAACUCUCAAAAGAAUCUGACUUACCUAGACGUCAGCAACAAUCAGAUAGAGAAUAUCACCAAAGACUCGCUUAAAGGACUCAAAGUCCUGACACAUCUUGACGUCAGCAAUAAUACCCUCCAAGACAUAAAUUCGAUGGCGUUCAGAGACUUGCACUCUCUGGCAGUUCUCAAACUUAAUUCGAAUAAGUUGGUUCACUUAGAGGAACAAAUGUUCAAAAAUAACAGAGAAUUGAGAAAGCUCUAUCUCAGUGAUAACCAGUUUCUAAGAAUACCGACAGCUGCUUUAACUGAUGCUUUACAUUUACAUUUUUUAACAAUGUCGCGAAAUUUGCUGCUUUCUAUAGAAGCAAACGAGAUGCCUAACUUACCUGAACUUCACACACUUCACAUGGACAGUAAUAUCAUCUCAGAAAUUCAUCCAGAUGGGUUGUCAGGACUUCCAGUUCUGGGAUAUUUGGAUAUUUGCGAUAACAACUUGACUUCAUUACCUACUGAAUCUCUGGCAAAGCUAUCGAGUCUGAACAUGUUGAAACUGAGUGGGAAUUUUUAUCGAAUCCAUACCACCAGUAGCUUUUAAGGGUCUGUUCCACCUCAAAACGUUAAAAAUCGAUAGAUUAGAAUUAUUGGAAGAAAUUGACGUUAGAGCGUUCGUCGAUAAUAUAAACCUAGAGAAGGUAAACAUGGACUUCAAUGUGAAAGUAAGAACAUUACCUACAAGGUUGUUCCACAGCAACUCAAAGCUGAGGUAUAUUUCGGUAAGGUACAAUAGCUUAGAGAAUUUAGAUGCUACACAUUUUCCUUUGGACCAACUUUCCGAGUUGAAAAUCGGAGGAAAUCCUCUACAAUGCAAUUGCUCUUUAGGAUGGUUGUGGCAGAUUAUCAAGGAAAGUAAAUCAAAAACGUUGAAUCAAACUGACAAUUUGAUACUCGACGAAAACGAUAUCAUCUGUAGCGGGCCUGAAGAACUAAGAGGAGCUAUGCUAUCCACAGCUUCAAGCACUCAAAUGAGUUGCUCUGUAGGUUGGAUAGCUACGAUAUCUGUCAUAGUGACAGUUAUAUUUGUUCUAAUAGUGAUAGGAGGUGUUUUGUAUUGGGCGCCAAAACACAAACCAAGAAGAACCAAAUCGGAUUUAUCUGUCGAACAGAACCCUGUUCCACAAUGUAGCUCAAGUAAGAGGUCUCCGUUUGAGCCUGUACAAGUGGAGAAAUACAUUAUACCCCCUCCUAUGGUACACGAUUAUAGGUCGUUACAUUCUUGGGAUCCUUACGAGGAAAGCAGUAUAAAUAUAUAUGAACCUUUAAAUGACCACUGUGACAGGCCGCAUAUUGUUUAUGUUUAAUUUGUUCGUGCUGUAGAGUUGGAGCAUGCGCUGUGGAGUUGUCUAAUUUACGAAAUACGUAUUUGAUGAAUAUACGAAGAUAUGGGAAUUAUCUUGCUCACUACAAAGGGCGCUGUAAAAUAGUUUCUUUUUCAGAUUAAUUACGUUUGAAAUAACAAAGUUAAUUAACGGUUAAGCAGAAACUAAAAAAAAUAUGAAGAAAAGUACUCGCCGGCAAGAAAGUUUUAAGCGCCACGCGGUCAUAGGUUGUACGUACGUUACGGAAGUUACAAAGUCUUUUUCACGAGUAUCCAUUACGUCAAAAGUGACAGCAAACAACAGCUGAUUAUACAGUAACAUUUCAAAAUACCUCAUAUCGACAAGUGACACCAUUCUGAUGAAUUUAUAUUAACGUUAGAUCUGUAAACAGAGUCGUAUCUUGACGUGGCCUCUUGUGUUCUAUGGAUUCGUACUCCAAUUGUACCAAUCAGUAUCAGCAGUUAUAAUUUUUUCAAGAUUCAACAAAAUAUUCAACAAAGUAUUACACUGGUUAGAGGACCCCUCAGUGUUUGUUCCGAUUAUUAUGAUUACAGGGAUUGGGUACAACUUUUAAUCCGUUAUUAAUAUGUAUAUAUUUUGUAUAAAGUAUUUAUAAUCUGUGACAGUUUUAUGUGUAUAUGUAGCUCAAGUUUUGUAUUAAGGCAAAAUAUGAAGACUGAUCUGUUCUAUCGUCUAAUGAAUUUUAUUUAUUGCUGAACUCAUUUUGCCUUUAUAACAGUUGGAAGUAAAUUAGGUGAAAAAACACGAAAUAUGAAAAAUUAUUUGAACAAUAGCUAUUCAUGGUAUAUAUCAAAAGCGCAAAGUACCACUUUGCCGCUUGUAAAGUUCGUUUGGCCAGUUCCUUGCCAAGAUUGUUAUUUAGUUGGUUUUUGGGUAGUUAGGCCGUCGUAACAUAAGCAUUUCGCAUGCCACCUUUUCCAAGAGCAGCACGGUAAUAAUUAAUUUGGGAACGGGGCAAUUAUUUAAUACUUGAACUUGAAGCAGUUUAUUUACCUUUCCCUCAUGAAACUCCAGAGAGAGAGAGAACCAAAUUAUAAGAGUUUAGUAACAUAAAAUUGUUUCUUAUUGAUAACUAGACUAAACUCAUGGCUCCGCUUGCGUGGAAGUAGUGUAAAGUUUCGAUGUUUUGUAUCCUCGACAAGAAGCUUACUUGAAAAUUUAUCUGACCUGAAAGGUGUUUGCCAAGAAUAUACUUGAAGUAAAAUUUGCCUGCAAUUUGCACUUUAGGAAUUAAAAAUUGUUGAUUCUCGUUUGAUCUUCAAAUGUCUUUGAUGGUCACAGUGAAGAUCGUGAUCGUACUUGAGUUUCUUGCUCUUUUUAUUUCCAGUGUCAAAAAUGGGGGGUUUUAAUUUAAGAAAACUGUCUUGACCGUCAAAGGAGCUGAAAGGCCAUAGUCAAGGUCACAUUCAAGGUGCACCAUUAAAUCAAUCUUUUCAAACCUUACAACUUUAUUAUACAACAUUUUUCUUUAUGAAACGUAUUUUCGAUAUAUUUUGUCCUUUCUCUACUUUCCGGACACCCUCAAAUACCCAUUAGGGUCAUGGGUAGAUCCAUACUUUAGCGUAAAAUUUCCUGCUCUUUACAUGCCCGGGGUCAAAAAUAGGGCGUUUCAAUUAAGAAAACUGGCUUAACCUUAAAAUGACCUUGAAGGUCUUAGUCAAGAUUACGUUCAAUAUUACCAUUAGAUGAAUCUUUUCAUACCUUACAACUUUGUCCUACAAUAUUUUGCUCAAUGAAUCGUAUGUUUCGAGAUAUUUCGAGCUAUCCAUACUUUUGAAUACCCUGAUUAUUUUCGCGCCUACAUCAUACUACACCUGCCAAGCCUAUAUCAUACUGAGCAGUGUACCAAAUAGCACGAAACAGCUGCCUAUGGUUCGAGGUCUGUGACCGGACGGAUGAAAUAUUUCUGGUUUGUUCAAUGAAGAGUAGACCAUAUCUACUGUAGCACCAAAAUCGGCGGCCUCUAGCGGCCACAGUGGUGACCCGGCUGAUAAUGCGAACUGGGAUACAGCUUGCUGUUUUUCAUUUUGGUAAUAGAUGGCAUUUGGUGCUGUCUUGAUUUUAUAAAAAGUACUCUGAAACAACUUGAAAUAGGUGCGGGAGCAGCUGAAAGCAUCUAUUCUUGAAGAGCACGUGACCAGAUUGCCACGAAGUAUCGCAAAGGUAUUGAAUGUGAAAAGCGGAUUUUUGACGUAAGAGAUGUGCAGCUUUUUUUUUAUUUUUGACAUUGAUUAACAUAAUGCAUCUGGAAUACGUUAUUCAAUGUUUUUGAUUAUCACCAUCAUAUGUCCGAAAACCUUUAAGCAGUGGUGUAUAAUAUUUUUUAAUCAAAUUUAGAAAUCCUAAAUCUAGCAAGGUAGUUUUCCCGACCGCAUCCACAGUUGCGAGCGUUUUUGAUACUUGUGGCAACACAAUUUUCACUUCUAUCUAUAAAAGACCUAUACGAAUUUCCAACUGUUAUACCUUUGAAUAGGCAAUACCCGAAAAUGUGUCAAAUAGCUUUAAAAUGCCAUGUAAAAGAUUACAAAAUGCACAGUCUUCCAACGGUGUCCCUGAAUCAGGUCCAUUUGAAUGAAAUGCCAAAAUUAAGUGAUCAAAUAGUUGUAAACUUUAUGGAUUGAGCUUCUUUUAUUUUUUCUUCCCAUCUUGCGAAUAAGCUUCAUAUACGCGAUCUUUGUAAAUUAAAUUUAAAUUUUAGGUAUUUCAGGUUUUUAUAUGAGCAAUGAAUGGUGUGGUAUGAGGAAGGUUGUAUUAGCAAAGAUAUUACUAUAUAUGUAUAUACAUUUUGAAUAGUUCAUUGUAUACUAUGGUGAGAAAUUUGGUUUCACUUGCUUUAGAAAAACAAGAUCCAUUAUUUUGACAGUGAAAUCAUUAAUGAUUUUUGUGCAAUAUAUCUAACAGAACUAUGCCAGAAUAUCUUUUUAAAAGUAGACUUUUGCAUCAAAAGUUAUAAAGAACCAAGCUCGAAGUGAUAAGCGUCACAAGUAUCACUAGUCAUUUUUUCAAAUGCUUGUGAGACCAAUGCAUUCAUCUAAUAUUCAUUAUAAUAAUAAUAAAAACAUAAGCAAUAAAAUCUGUCCAUAAGAGGCAAUGCAAAGUUAUAAAUAUCUAUAUAAUAUUCUAAUUUUAUCCAUUUAUAGUCUAAACUGUCUGUGUGCUAAAUGAAAAUACAGUUAUAGGAACCGUAUGUUAUAUAGCAUAUAAUAUAUAUUUAAAUCCUUAACCGCCAAUGUUUUUCGAACAUAUUUUGUGUUCAUAUUAACUUAGUUGAGUAUUUGUAUUUUUUAUUGACAGGUUUGUUAUACGUCAUUGAUUGG